AUGGCUCCAAGCGGUGCCAGGCAGCGAUCCUGGGAUGCGGACAUUGAGAAGAUCCAGUCGGAAUAUCUUCCUCAUUUGACAUGCUUGACAGAGUACGAACUUGCGAGUGGCCAUCGCAAAGAGCAGCUUGACAAGGCAUAUGGUCCAAGCGCAGCUAUUGAGAUCACCAAGUUUCAUUUGGAUUUUGAUGACUUCCCUGUUGGUAUGCCCGAUGACUUGAAGAAGGUCUACCUCGAGGCCUUCAAAGCUGGAUACAUCAUCGCACGCACCCAGCCAUGGUUGAAGGCAAAGUGGAUGCGGGAUGACUACAUUCCAAUGGCGAGGAUGAAGUAUUAUGGCAAUCAGGGAAGCCAAGAGCACGUACAGGAGGUCCUCCGUCGCACGCACGGGUACCCUUGGCACUUGGCCCCCCCAAGUGACGAAGCUGUGAUAGACUGGCGGGAGCAAUGCGACGACGAUCAGUUCAAGAAGUCCAUGGGUUAUGGCACACAGCAGAUCUCGAACUUCAGCAACUUCCCUGGAAGGAAGGAUGUGCUGACCUGGGGCACCACGCACGUCGCAGUUGGGUUUAACGACCUGAUCGUGCUCCUCAAGUCCCGGCUGGUUGCAGAUGGCUCUUCCCCGGAACACAUUGACGCAACAACUUCGAAGACAUCCUUGAAGUUCAUCGGCAUUGACAGCAGCGCCUAUUCCAUUGCUAAGACAAAGGUGGUUUGGCAGAUGAUGAUGGACAGUUCCAUUCCCAUCUGCUCGAUUAUUGAAGUCUGGUUCUCGGCUACUUGGGGCAGGUCAAGCCUCGAAGCUUUUGGUAAGGCCUUGAACCACGUUGUGUCGGAGAUGAAGAUCAAGUCUAGGCCUCUGCAGUCUCCGUGCAGUUAUCCUAUUCUUGAAGGGCGCGGCAUUACCGUGCGUGGACUUCAGAGUGAGAAAGGUCAAAAGCUGAACGGCCAGCGAGGUAUCGCCCGAUCCUGCGCCGAGGGUCGCUGGGAUGUCUACGGCGACGGUUGGCAAGCGAAGGUCAAGGCGGAGAACUUAGAGCCACUGGAGAUGACUGUCGCUGUAGGCAGCUCUGUGGAAAUUCAUGGUUUGGUGAAGUUGCCGGAGCUGAACGGGCAUGUUGGGACGGCAGUGCGUCUUGACGCCGCCUCAGGACGCUGGAUGGUGCUAGUCGACUCCCGGGAGCAGCCCGUGUUGAUCCGUGAGGCGAACCUUUCUUGGACAGGCAUGGCUCAAGAGUCGGCCCAUCCCUACCUGCAGGAGGUCCGGCCUGUUGCAGACUACUUGCUGUAUUGGUUGCGCUGCUUCGAGGAGAAACGGCAUCACACAGUGGAGGAGGCAAGACGGUUCUGGUGGAAAGCGCAGAUCAGUGAGCUCCCAGAACGAGAGACGCACAUUGCAGGGUGCCUCUGCCGCAAGAAGGACCAGAGAGCCACCUUGAAGUACCUGUGCUCUGGUGACGUGUUCCUGGAUCAAACCGCUGCUGCUGGGGAUGUUUGCAGCGAUUGCACACCCUAUGUUGGGAGCCUGUGCAUGUGGAGCCUGCCUGAAGCUUCGCCCAGCCUGGAAAAGGGACUCGCGCUGGGCUGCAUCACCACGGAGGACUAUUGCCGCACAUUGCUGGGUGAAGCGGGUGAGGCCGUGGAGCCAGACUUCUCCGUACAGGCCCUAGAAUCGUCUCCGAACAAGGAAUUCGACGUCAUGCAGUGCUUCACAUGGUACAUUGCAAAGCGGAUACAGCAUACCGUCCGUCGGAGUGGAUCAACUUGGACAGGAGAUUUCAUUUGUCAGAGAGUUUGUUGGGAGAAUCGGGCUCUCUUAGACAGGAUAUGGAAAGAAGCCCCCUUCACCAUGAGCUGGGACAACAUACUGGACUACAUGAAGCCUACUACCUUCCACAGCAUCGCCCGACUGUGUUCGCGAGCAGGUGAUACCGUGCAUUAUGCAUACAGCAUGAACUACCCAUGUGAGACCCGUGGAGCCAACAUCAUGGACUGGGACAUGCAGGCCGAUCCGAAUGAUCGACAAUCUCGGGUAUACUGGGUUGAUAGAAGUAUGGAACGGUCCAUCCGUGGAGGGUGCCAGCAUUCUAUGGAACGCCUCUGCAGGAUUUGGGACUUUGCUUGCGAUGCCCUGUACACCAAGCCCUAUCGCUGCGACCCAGAGAAUCUGAUCAACUACACACUCAUCGCGUCUCUUGGCCUGGAUGAGAAGUGGGUGAAUCACUUUAUGAACAAGGGCAAGAUCUCCCCGAAGGAUGUGCCGCGGCACCCAGAGUGCACGAAGAACAAUGUGGGCCUCGCAGUGUUCUCUUCCCUCAUGGGUCUUGAAAGCCCCUUCCAGCGAAGCUCCACCUGCGUGACCUUUGCCUGGACGUAUGACCCCAUGAUCCGAGGAGUCGACUUCGCGACUGGGAAGGAAUGCCAGUAG